AUUCUGAUAGUUCACAUUUUCAUUUUAACUUGUUCGCAAAUUAUAAAUAUGUUGAUCUACAUAGUCAAUACUUUGAAAGUCUUGGCUAAUAUUUUCCUUUAUCUUGUAAUAGUGGUUGCUCUUAUUGCUUUAGCAUGGAUUAUUCUUUGGAAAUUGAUUCUUAAUCAAGUUAGCUUUAUCCGUGAAAUUGCAGGACUUCCAAAACUCAGUAACAACAAACUACCUCAACAACAAACAUUACAUAGUCCAAAGAAAAGACGUCAAUCUUCAGUAUCAUUAUCCACGACGCAUAGUAGACAACAAUCAAUAACUUCAACACAUAGUAAACAACAAUCAAUUUCUUCAACAACAUAUGGUAGACAUUCUACGCCAUCACAUAAUAGACAGCAAUCAAUUCAACAUAAUAAUAUUAAUACAAAUAAUCCAAUAAUUCAUCAAAGAACAUUUUCGGCAUCAAAUCAAGGUGGUGGAAGUGUGUCAAUGAGCAGGAGAAUUUCUUCUUCAACUAAUAAAACUUAUCAAUCACAGGAUGAUAUAGCUCAUAAAAAUUAUCACCAUACAAAGAGCGAUAGUAGAACUUCUAUCAAAAGUUCUUCAAACAAAAUUUUACCUAUUGAAAAUGAUGAAAAUUUAAAUUUUGAAGAAGGUUAUAUUUCUUAAUUGUUAUAUUAAUAAUUUUUAUAAUAAUAGUUAAUUUGCGAUAUAGAUGAUCAAUAAGGUAUAAUUAGAAAACUUUAUUGUUACUAGCACAAUUGUAGAAUAUUUCCAUAAAAGCAUAGCAAUAUAUUUAUAUGUAGUAAGGAAUGACACUCCUAAAAUAUUAUUCUCCAGAAUGUUUUUAGAAUAAUAUAAAUUGUAUAUAUUUUUCAGUAUAUAGGAUUUUAUAAUUAUUAUUUAUUACCUUAUUAA